AUGGGGCUCUUUCCGACAAAUCCGAUACUAUUGGAAUUACGCUGUAGAGCUUCGCUGUUGAGAACUCGAGUUGAUUACUUACACCACAGUAAUUUAUUAGACAGUGAAGAGUGCCAGUUCGGUGUCCUUUGGGGUGUCGUAUUCUGUAUUGUGGUUCCUUAUUCUCGUACGUCCAUUGGCGUGAAUGCGGCAGAGCUUAGGGGAGUUCGGCGUUUUCUUCAUUUUGCCUUUAUGGAACGUGUGUUGCGACCUUUUGGCUUUUUCGUGAUCUCUGACCUCACUGACACAAGAGUCUCCAAGUUCUUGUGGCCACCGAGGAUUCCAAUGCCUUGUGUGUUUUCUCUCAUUCAGUUCACGGCCGACUCUGUGAUGUUCCCGUUUCUGGUUUCGUCACAAUUGGAGUGUCAACGUAGAUCUGUUAGCGGAAGAUUUUAUGAUAUGCGUCGGCCAUUUGUCACUGCAGUUCUUGUUUGGGAAGAGGCUGUUUUUAAUUCGCAUGUGCUGGUUGGUGUUAACUUUACAGCUAUGGGGCUAUCACAUGAUGAGCGUAAUACUAUGUGUGCAAGUGUGAUUGAUUUGAAUACUUUGAUGUUGCUCAUGGAAUGGUACGUCGCUGCCCUACGUGUCCAGCUUCUAUGCAUUUGCAACCAAGAUUCGAGGACGAAUCUUUUCAUACCCGGAGGGACCUGA